GACGGCGACACCGAAUCAAGCAACAGUCUCCAAAUCAAAAUGGACAACCUUACUUUAGCUAUUGAACGUCAAGAUUGGUCUCAAGCUCAGUCGAUCGCCCAAUCGCUUUCUUUGGACCCUUGCUACCUAUUCAAACACCAAGUUUCCACAUGUCUAGCUGCUGGCCGAGAGAUUCCUUCAGACGUGUUACAACAGCUGCUUUCCAAGGACCCAAUGUGGACGGCACAAGCAGUUCUCUCUUGCCAAUCAUCAUCGAUCGCUAGCACAACUCAGAAGCAUCUCAACGAAGUAGGUUUAGAGGCAACCGAAUCAUGGAUGAGGAAAGUCUUCAAAGACGAAAUACCUUUGCUUGAAUGGCUCCGUAAUAUGGUUGAACAACUCGAUGGCGAUGACGUAGAACAAAAGCUUAAGGAUUCGAUUGAAGGAUCGAAGGAGGUGCGGGAAGCGUGUGAAGCUAGGUGGCUGGCAUAUGAAAGAUCUUGGCGAUGGAGAUUGUACGCUCAAUUGUAUGAGGUAGACAAGUACUCUUCGCCGGUAACCCAAACGUCUCGCCAGGCGGGUGCAGACAAUGCGUCAGAAGUUGCACAAGAUGCAUGGGGAGAGUUGGAUCUCGAUCUCGCGCCAGAACUUCAGAUCACUUCGCAAGCUGAACUCGAACUUCCUUCAUUCUCAGAAUUUCUCAUUCAAAACCUUCGAUACCUCGCCUUGAGCUUUGCGUCAGAGCUCAAACUUCGCCAAACUCGAAUCAUCGCCGAGCAGUGUCAUCUUGAUUAUAUAGAUAUAUGUGAUCAGAUACCGUUGCAUGCUCAACCUUCCGAUCCGGAAUACGGCAGUGAUUUGAUCGAGAUCCUACCACGCAAUACAUCGAAACAACCGCUUCCACGACUGAAUCCAGAUGAUGCGAUCCGGAACUUUUUCCAAGGACGACCAAAAUACCCUGAAUCGCAUUCUGAUGAACAGCUGACACAGUGGUACCAUACACGAGUUGAUGUUAUUGAAAAGUAUACAGGUCAUAUUGACACAGCUAUUGAACUUGUUCAGCAUGGUGCUUCUUUGGGUGUUCCUGGUCUCGAAAGUAUGGCAGAAGAUUUGAGUCUCUUCAGCAAGUUGCUUUAUGAGGCACCAGAUCAUACAUAUCAUCAAUGGAAUCUCGAUGAAUGGCGCAGCAAAUCAUUAAAUGAAGUAGUCGAGGCGUACUUGCGUGGGUCAACCCCACAAACUCUAGUGGGAAAUAUCAACCGGCUCGUUUUGCCUUAUCUUGGCGUCAUGGAGAGUCGAAUCGCUCGUAGCUCAGCAUCCGAGUUCGAGACCACCAUUCCGGAUGCGAUCCGGUUCUGGGCACUGGGCAGGGCUGAUGACUUGCCCAACCUAGUCGCCCUUAUUGAGUCAAGUUCACCAACUCGAAAACUUCCAGAGCGAUUUAUCAAAGACAAUGAGGAAUUAGCCCGUGUCGCAAUCGCAUGUUUAUAUACGAGCUCAAAGCUGGAUCAAUGGAGUCUUAUGAACAAAGUCUUUGAGUGCAUGCCAGCUUUUCCUGAUGCUGAACCGAUGCCCAAAAGCUUCCGGCCCUCGGAAUAUUUGCAGGAACUUUUCAGCAACCUGGAAGUUUCUAAAAAUGGCAAUGAUCUUACUCACCAACUAUACGCAGCUUUGACGAAAGCAUCAGCUGGCACCCUCUCGGCCAUCUUAGACAGCUUGGAUCACCAUCUGACGACCGCUGAAGUACUUGCUCGAUGGAACGUACCGGUCAAGUUGAAAGAUCUAAUAGUCAAGUUUCAAGGCAAGUGCUUGGAACAAGAGAAGUUAGCGACUAGAAUGGCACGUCAAGAAGGAGGGCUUGAGAUGGAGAGCGAAGAAGAGUGGGAAGUCUUGUUGGAAGGAAUGAUUGAGCUUUCCAAACCUGGCCGAGUGUUUGAUGCAUUAGAUGAAGUUCACAUCAUCAGAUUGUUUUUCUCUGGCCUCUUAACAUCCGGAAAGUUCAAGUUAGCCAAAGCCUUGUUCUCCUCUUCAACUAGUGGACACUCGCUGACACCUCAGGUAAAAGAAGACUUGGUCAUAUCCGCGUCGCGCGAGUACUAUGAUAAUGCUGAGUCGGGGAACCAGAAUGUCGGUGAGAUGAAACUUGCCAUGGAAUGUCUCACUGCUGCAGAACCGACGCCCCGAAUUCAGACCGAGCGCGACUUUAUCGAAGCCACCAGUCGGCUCACGUCCUUCAAGCUCGCGUCUCAGCCUGGCGUUUUGAUGACACCAAUACAAAUCCGCUUGAAAGCAAACAAACUCGAUCUGAUAGAUCAGCUGCUUUCAACUAAUGAAGAUGCAUACAAACAUCAAGAUAUGAUCUUAGAUCUUGUAAAGAAGCUCGGAUUUCGCGACGACAUCUUUUCCCAGAUCAAGGCACUUGCAUCUAUCGUUGAUUCUGCUAUAUCCAUGCGGGAUUUUAAUACUGCCAAUGAAACCUGCCAUCGUAUGGUCAGCACGUUGGAAACCAUGAAGAAACGCCCUCGAAAAUUAGAACCGAUAGAAAAGUUAAAAAGUGCAUCGGAUGUUGUUUGGAAUACAUGUGCUAGAUUGGGCACAUCUUCAGACAUGAGUCUUCAGGGUUUGGAUGCUGAGAAGAGAUCGAGACUCUUGGGCCAUGCGAUCAUUUUAUGCCCUGCUGAUCAGAUCUCAGGCUUGCUCGCCAAGUGGCGUGAUCUCGAAGCAGAGGACUUGAUCAGCAAGGAAGUUGCGGUUGAGGGAAGACCACCACUUAUCUCUGCGGGAUCAUGGCAACUUGGCAACAACACCAUCAAUACACCUAGCCGGCCAGAAUCGAGAAUGAGCUCUGCUGUCAAUCUCGCAAAUUCGGCUUCGAGUUUAACCGGAGAUCUUGCGAUUCGAGCAGCCAGCAAGACACUGGGCAAAGCAGCUGCCUUGUUCCCAUUCAAAUCACGAAACUCACCCAUCUUAUCUUCGGGAGGAUCGAUACCCAGCUCAACGUUUGGUCACGCUGACCUCCAAUCAGAAACAGACCGCUCAUCUAGUGAUCAUACAAGGAGCUCAACUCCCUCUCAUGAUCGCUCUAUUCUUUCACAACCCUUAGCGAAUCUAGUAGGAGAAGAUGGUCUUGCGGUUGGCGCUGAUCGGAUCACAACAGCAUUGAGUAACAAGUUCACGAGUGGAGUGGGUUGGUUGAUCGGAGCAGACGAACUAUGAACUUCAUUAUUGCAUCUGUGCUUGAGCCGAUCAGACCUUAUCUCAGAGUCAUGUUUAAAAUUGAGUAAAGGCUUUCAUGAGAUGAAAUCUAUUUGAUAUUACUUCUUUUCACAACUCGUAUUCUUGUAGAGCAACCAGGUUUUAGCCAGCAAAAUGUAUUUUUACUGCAAUUUUUAGCACCAGUGGUUUUUCGGAAGAGUGGUCAAAUUCAGUGUGUAGGGUGUUGUCGCCAUCAAUUUCUUAGUCUACCUGUGAUCAACUGUUUCAUAUUUGCACAAGGUCGCUCCAAACAUCGACCUGAAGAUAUGGGUCGUCAAAUUGACAGAUAUAGAUCCCCUGCACCAUUGCCUGUUCAUGCUUGAUGAGUCACUUUUCUCUCAAGUUUCUGGCACGCUAACGCAGACUUCUUGGAAAUAUCUCAACUUGUCUCUUUGGUAUAGAUCAUCUUAGGGUUAUAUAGACGCCUGAACAAAGUCCAUAUUUCGCCAUGAUGUACCUUGCAGCAGACUAUAGUCAUACGAUAAUUCCUGACUAGGGGAAUUGGAAAUCUUGUGUAACAUGCUGCAUAAGUGUAAAGUACUGCACAUCUUGCCCUGAAUGAAAAGUAUACUUCGUUGAACUCG